AUGCGCGGCGUGCUGGAGCGGUACGGGCCGCUGCCGCCGCACGGCGUGUUCGUGACAGGGACGCACAAGCGGCACGUGGUGAUGGUCGGGGGGCUCGGGGACGGGAUGCUCGCGUGCAGCUACGUCCCGCCGCUGGCCAAGAAGCUGGACGCGAUGGGCUGGAGCCUCGCGCAGGUCCAGAUGUCGUCCUCCUUCACCAUGUUCGGCGGCUCCUCCCUCGACAAGGACGCUCACGAACUGAACCUCCUCUGCAGGCACCUCAAGGCGAAGCACGGCUCGCGGGCCGUGGUCAUCGUCGGGCACUCGACGGGCUGCCAGGACGCCGUGCGUUACGUCAAGCGGCACCGCGGCGACCCCGAGGCUCCUCCUAUUGCCGGCGUCGUGCUCCAGGCGCCCGUGAGCGACCGCGAGACGUUCGAGACGCUGCCGGACUCGGACAAGCUCGUCUUCGUAGCGAACGAGAUGCUGGCGUCCGGCCAGGGCGAGGAGUUCAUUCCGCAGGCGCAGCUCACCGCGAUCGGCGGCGAACUGUUCCCGCCCGGCACCCCAAUCACGGCGCGACGCUUUUUGGACCUGUACGACCGCGGCGGCGACGACGACAUGUUCUCCUCCGAUCUCACGGACGCGGAGCUGCGGAAGCUGCUCGGGCACAUGCUGGGCGUCCCGACGCUCGUGCUGCAGGGCUCGAACGACGAGUACGUCCCCGACCACGUCGACGUGGGGGUGUUGACCACCCGUCUGACUGCGGCGAUGGGCUCGAGCGCGCAGGCGCGGAUCGUCGAGGGCGGCACGCACGGGCUGUGGGGGAAGGAGGCGGAGGCUGUCGACGCCAUCGCGGAGUUCGUCGCCGGCGUGCGGGGCGGCGCGGGGCCCGUAGCCCAGAUGGCGCGACGGGGGUUGGGCUUCGUAGCGCGGAGAGCGGUGCCGUGGGCCGCGGCGGCGGCCGCCGGGCUGGCAGCUGGGAAGAUGUUGUGA